AUUACCUAUCAAGUCAUUACUCUCUAUAACCCAAACCAAAUGGCCCCCUUUCAAAAAGCCUUAUCAAACUUUUCAAAACUUUCUACUUCAUAUGUCUUCAUUCUUCUUCUUCUUUCUUUCCUUCUUUCUAACCUUAUUUGCCAAUAGAUUUACAUAUGUUUUCUUCUUUUUCUAAAUUAGCACUCUUUCUAAAUUGUCCAUUGUGAUUUUAAGUUUCAAGAAUGAUAAGCUUUUUCAGAAGAAAAAUACUUGUCUUAUGGAUGGCUAUUCUAUUAAUCUCUAUUUUUGGCCAUUUUUGUCAUGGUUCAAGAAGCAACUCACAAGUAUUCAAUACAAUAAAUAACCAAAGAAACUCUUACAAUCAUGGCCAUUUUUGGAACUUAUUGCCAAAAAGAAUCCCAAUUCCAGCUUCUGGUCCAUCAAGAAAACAUAAUGACAUUGGUUUAAAGAGUACUUGGAGAUCACCAUGAAGAUUAUUUCAACAAAUUAAAUAUUGCCAACUUUUUUUUUUUUUGGGUACUACUAAUCCUUCUUCUUCUUCUUAAUUUCUUGGAUGAACACAUGUACAUUUUUUUGGGUAAUUUUAAGAUCUUUUUUUUUUGUUAAUUGACUUAAGGGUAUUUUGUGUUAGGCUGUAUUUUUUUCUUUUUUUGGGUCAUGGUGACUAGAAGGGAUAUUAAAUGAAAA